GGGACGAGCAAGAUUGCGCCCAGGAGAGGGACUGUUGUUUCUGUCGAUCGAGACGUCUCCGGAGCAAGAGAGGAGGGAAGAAGGUGGAGAUGGAAACCCUAGUGGGAGGAUUAGGGCACACCUGAGCGUCUCUCUCUCUCUCUCUCUCUCGCUUCUCUGGCUCCUAUUUCCGUCCGGCAACGCUGGGGCGGCGAAGGCGGAGGUUCGGACAGUGGGAUUGUUGCCGGUGGCUGCGGUUCAUGGCGGGAAUGGACAUCGACUCUCCUCCUCCGGAGCAUUCGGUUCCUUCCUCCACCGACCUAAUCGUUCGGAGGCUUGCACUUUUUGGAGUUCCUAAGGAUCUACAGGACCUAUUGCAGCCAGGCCUUGUAAAUUUUGCCCUAAAGAACAAAAGCCAGAUACCUCAGUUGGUCUCUGCUGUCUUACCCACCUCCAGAGAAAUAUCGGAGCUCUAUUCUGUAGUCAAGACUCAUGAACAUCCAGCUGAUAUUAUUAAGAAAAUUAUAAAAGAGCAGUAUCACGAAAGCAUGCUGUGGCUUCAGUGGCUUAUGUUCAAAGGCGAGCCCAGGGAAUUGCUGGAUGACUUAGCAAGGAAUAACAACCACCAUGGUGUGUGUGGAACUAUCUGGGGAAAUAAUGACAUUGCAUACCGCUGUCGAACCUGUGAGCAUGAUCCGACAUGCGCAAUUUGUGUGCCUUGUUUCCAGAAUGGGAAUCACAAAGAUCAUGAUUAUUCUGUCAUAAAGACAGGGGGAGGAUGUUGUGAUUGUGGUGAUGCGACUGCUUGGAAAAGGCAAGGGUUUUGCUCCAGACAUAGAGGCCCUGAGCAGGUCCAAGCUCUUUCAGAAGACAUUUCUAGGUCAGUAGGGCCUGUUCUUCUUACAUUGCUCCUCAUAUGGAAAGAUAAGCUCUUGCAUUUAGAAGCGGGGCUUCUUAAGAAUGUUGAAGAAGAGGAGCUCAAGGUGGACGUGGAGUUGUCAAAGGGAUUUUCUUCUGCUAUUAUUGAUAUGCUAAUGGAAUUUUGCAGGUGCAGUGAAAGUUUACUUAGAUUUAUUGCGACUAGUUUAUUGUCAGCACCACAUGCUUUAUUAGAUGUAAUUGUUAGAGCAGAACGAUUCUUGCCCAAGCAUGAUGCAAAUAAGCUUCAUGAAUUGAUUUUGAAGUUGCUAGGGGAGCCAAGAUUUAAGUAUGAGUUUGCCAAGGUAUUUAUAAAAAGUCAUGCAGACUUUGUGAAUGAAGCUAUCAAAAGGAGUGGUGAAGGAAAUAAUCUUGAUAUACCUGAGAAUAUGGUAUUGUCAAGCUUCUCAGUGCAGAUCUUUACUGUGCCUACUCUCGCUCCACGUCUUGUGAAAGAAAACAACCUUCUAGGCAUCUUGUUGGGCUGUUUGGAGGAGCUUCUUGUAUUUUGCAUCAAUGUUGAUGGUCAUAUACAGGUGAAUAGGUGGCAUUCUGUCUACGACCUUGUUUUUCGCUUGGUUGAGGAUAUACGGUUUGUUAUGGGACACCCUGAGGUACCCAGGUUUGUCUGUGUAGAGCGCCAAGAUAUCUGCAGGUCAUGGAUACAGAUUUUAUCUCUUGUGCAAGGGAUGGAUCCCCAAAGGAGGGCAACAGGUCUUCAUGUGGAGGAAGAGAAUGAGAGUUGGCAUGCAUCUCUCAUUCUGGAACAGUUGAUGGGGAAUAUCCAUUUGCUGCUUGUAGCUGGAGCUUUUUCAUCUGCUGUUUUUGAUGAGAUGAAGGAUGAAGGCCUGUUUUAUACUGGCUUUACAGAUAUAGAAGGUGAUGGCCUUCGUCAUGCAAAAGUUGGCAGGUUGUCCGAGGACAAUUCUGGUCAUGUUCCGAUGGAAAUCAAGCAUGGUUUUACUGCUUCAGUAGCUCAUCAUUCUUGGAAUAUGGACCAUCUUCUUGGUCCAUCUGCUGUAGCUUGGCUGAUGGUUGAAUGCCUUGUCGCCAUUGACAAAUGGCUGGGAUCACCUAACAGGUUAAGAUCACAGUUGCUUGCAACAAGUACCGGUGCACCUGCUGGUGAUUUGCUUUUGAGGAGGUCGGCUAGAUCAAGAGUGAGGAACAGGGGUGUUAUGAGUUUGUUUCAGCUGACUUCUCUAAAUUCCCAGGCACCUUCAACCAGUACAUCAAGGCAGAGGUCUGGUUCUUUUGGUUAUGGUGAUGCAGAUGGUGGCAGCAGAACUACUAUGAUGGGUAGUGAUUCUGUAAUGAACAACACUAGUUGUGGCCAUGGUGGUUCAAGCAGAGAAGUACAAGCAGAUGGAAGUAACUUUGCUAAAGAUGGUACAAACUUUGGAAGUAGGGUGGAAACAUUAAGCAUUCUAAGUUUGAGAGAGUGGUCUGAUAUAUCUUUUGAUGUUGGUUCCGAUGACAUAUCUAUUCACCUUCCAUUGCAUCGAUUAAUUUCAUUGGUAUUGCAUAAAACAAUAGAGAAAUAUCACCAGGAACAUGAAAUGCCGGAGAAUAAAGGAAUUUCAUCUAGCCAGUCCAAAAGAUCUCAGAAUUUUUUUGGGCUUCUGUUGGGUGGUUGCCAUCCCUGUGGAUUUUCUGCCUUCAUGAUGGAACACCCACUUCGUGUAAGGGUAUUCUGUGCUCAGGUUCGUGCUGGUAUGUGGAGAAGAAAUGGCCAUUCAGUUCUGUCACUAUGUGAAAAUUAUCAUAAUGUUCGAUGGUGUGAACAAGGAUUGGACCUUGAUCUAUUCAUGUUACAAUUUUGUGCUGCAUUAGCUCCACCAGAAGCAUUUGUUCGAAGGAUCGUGGAAAGAUUUGGUCUGGUGAAUUAUAUAUCACUUGAUUCACGCCGUUCUAAUGAAUACGAAUCAGCAUUGGUGCAGGAUAUGAUAAUCCUUAUAAUACAAAUUGUCAAAGAGCGUCAGCUUUGUGGAUUAAGUGCUGCAGAUAAAUUGAAACGUGAAUUGAUUUACAGGCUUGUAAUUGGAGAUGCAACUCACAGUCAGAUUAUUAAAGCACUUCCACGAAGUCUUUCUGAGAGUGAUCAACUUCAGAAUACCAUUGACAUGGUUGCAGUUUAUUCCAAGCCAUCUGGCAUGAAACCGGGAAGAUAUUCAUUGCGGAGAACUUACUGGAAGGAACUGGACCUUUAUCAUCCUCGUUGGAAUUCAAAGGAUCUGCAAUUAGCUGAGGAAAGAUAUUUGCGAUUUUGCAAUGUACCUGCUAUGACUGCUCAACUACCUCGCUGGACAAAGGUUUUCCAUCCCCUGGAUGGACUUUUUCAGGUUGCUGUAUCUCGUACUGUACUUGAGAUAAUACGAGCUGUAGUCUAUUAUGCGGUUGCUGCAGAAAAAUCUUCGUCUUCACGAGCACCUGAUGGGGUUCUUCUUAGAGCGUUACAUCUGCUCUCUUUGGCUUUAGAUAUCUGUAUGGCCCAUUGUCAAGAAAAUAGCAGCAACUCUGAUAUCAGUGGUUCAACAAAUCCAAGUGGCUCGACAAGCUCAAGUGCACAUCUGUCAAAUGAUGAAGAGGUGAUCCUGCCUCUUCUAGCUUAUGCAAGAGAAGUUGUAGUAGUAGAUUGGUCUGAUGCACAUUUUGCACCAGGACAUCAGAGUUUGCUUUCGCUUCUUGUUCUCUUGAUGAGAAAAUGUCGGAAGGAUUAUGAAGUUAAUGAGUUGGGAACAUUUGAGUCUGGUUUUGCGAAUAUUGCUACAUUGAUUGAGAGCUUAUUAUUGAAGUUUGCGGAACUUGAUGCUGGAUGCCGUAAUGAACUGGAAAAAAUAGUUCCUGACAUGAUAUUGCACCUACCAGGGAAGUUGCAAAAAUUUGGUGGAGAUCCCUGUGUUUUAGCUUCUGAUGCUGCUAAGAAGAAGGCAAAAGCUCGUGAGCGUCAGGCUGUUAUAAUGGCACAGAUGAGAGAUGCACAGUCCAAGUUUCUUGCAAGCGUAGGUGAGCCAGCAGUUGAUGAGUUAGAUUCGUCAAAAUUGACACAGAAGCAGAAUUCUCUUGAUAACAAAUGGUUUCCCCAAGAACCAGCUGCUGUGUGUUCUCUUUGUCAUGAUCCGACUUCACGGAGCUCUGUAUCAUAUCUGAUUCUUCUUCAGAAAUCCCGCUUGACAAGCUUUGUUGAGAAACCCCCACUGUCAUGGGAUGAGCUUUGUCAGGACAGACAUAAUUUUCCAGCCACUAGUGAUGUUGUUGAUCCAUCCAGUGGAAAUGUUGAUUCAAGCACUGUGGAGAUAAAUCCAUCAACCCACUUUGUGGAGCUGAUAAGAAAUGCUGUAAAUGUGGUUAUUCAUGGUGGCCGGCGAGCUGAAGUUGAACAUUUUGUUGAUCCCUUAACUUUGUCUCGUAAUGAUACUGAUAGCAACAUUCCUCCUCUUGAUAUGUCAACUGAUGUUACUCAAGAUCCUGGUAUAUCGGAUAAUUCAAUUGAUGCACAUCUAUGGGAGGGGGGUCAGUAUUCUUCUGCUACACAUCCUGAAGAAGCUACAACAGCUGGUCGGGACAUGGAUUUGCCUUUGCUAAGAGAGUAUGUGCAGUCCGUGUCGCGAUGGAUGUCGGACACCCGUCCGUCUGGAGGUAAUGGUUCUGGAGCAAAUGCAGGUGCAGCAUCGACAUCUGGUAGACGGCAUGUUAUGUCUGAUGGAGUAGGUCCCUUGAACUGUGAUGGGAUUCAUGUUUCCUCAUGUGGGCAUGCUGUUCACCAAGAGUGCCGGAACCGUUAUUUAGUUUCCCUAAGGCAGAGGUAUGCAAGUAGGACUGUCUUCGAAGGGGCACACAUUGUCGAUCCAGAUCAGGGAGAGUUCCUCUGUCCUGUGUGCCGGAGAUUCACAAACUCAGUUGUGCCAGCACCCAGUGGUAUGGGCAAGAUUGAGAAACCUGUAAUGCUGUUCAAGAGCCAACCAUCAAGUGUGGCUUCAUCAACUUCUUCAGCUUUAGGUAAUUACAAGAUUAUGAUUCCAGAAGCUCUGUCUCUUCUGCAAGGGACAGAAAAGAUGGUCAGAAGGAGCGGGUACAGAAAUGUUUCUACACGACUUGAUGAAGCUUCAAAGCCAACCUUGCAGCCUCUUUUACAGACUCUCUUCAGAUUGUAUUUUCCUGAUAGAGGAAAUGCAUUGUUGACAUCUGGGAGGGUGAAUCAUUCUUUGAUUCUAUGGGAUGUGCUAAGAUAUUCUCUCAUAUCAACUGAAAUAGCUGCUCGUCAUGGGAAAUCAAAUUCUGGUUCUAGACCACGAGCUUUAAUCAAGGAAAUUGACUCAACUACAGGAUUUGUGAUGUCCUUAUUGCUCCAGGUUGCUCAAAUAAACUACAAUCAGAAUCAUGUGCAGGUGCUUUUGAGAUUUAGAGGCAUGCAACUCUUUUCUCAGUCCAUAAGCUCUGGUGUUUCCCUGGACGAGUUCUCUGAAGGCAGCCAAAAAGGUCAUAUAUCACAAAUGCUCCAGGGUGGGAAGGGAAAAUUCUUUCCUGACGUCCAGUUCUGGAGAAGAGCUGCAGACCCCAUUAUUAUGCACGACCCAUUUUCUUCCUUGAUGUGGGUCUUAUUUUGUUUACCACUUCCAUUUCCAUAUUGGAUAGAGUCAUUUGUUCCUCUUGUUCAUUUGUUCUAUGCUGUCUGCGUACUGCAGGCUUUGGUAACAUGUAUAAACUAUCAUUGUGACCUAUCGGAAGUAGCACAUGCCAACGGCCUUAUUAGUUCUAUUCAAAUGAUUAUGGCUGAGGCUGCAGUUGGUGAACAAUAUUUUGCAUCUAGUUAUCUGGAUUUUUCUUGCCCAUCAGCUGUUAUGAUAAAGCGGUUUACCCUUCCAUAUCUCCGGAGAUGUGCACUCCUAUGGAAAUUACUAAAAUGUUCAGCAACUGUACCUUUUUGUGGUAGCUAUCAUGGAUGGGAAGAAUUAUCUCGGGAAAUGGACAACGAUAUAAAUGAAGGUCUUGAUGGUAUUUCGGUGGAGCUUGAAGAGGUGUAUAAGCUACAAACAUUCUUCCAGGUGCCUUCAAUGGAGAUGGUUCUUGAGGAUAAAGCAUUUAAUGUUCUUGCUCUCAAGUGGCUUGAGCACUUCCGGAAGGGGUUAGGUAUUCGUAGCUAUGGGUGUGUAUACUCUUCUCCUGCUGUUCAGUUUCAGUUAAUACGCUUGCCUCACCUUUACCAGGAUCUACUUGAGAGGUAUGUUAAGCGGCAAUGCCAUCAUUGCAAAUCUACUCUGGAGCAGCCAGCAUUAUGCCUGUUAUGUGGUGGAUUAUAUUCUGUCAAGCGUUUCUCUUGCUGCAGGGAAAGGGAAUGCCAACAACAUGCAAUGUCCUGUGCUGCUGGUAUUGGUGUCUUUCUCUUAAUCAAGAAAACCACUAUCCUGCUGCAAAGAUAUGCUCGUCAAUCACCAUGGCCUUCACCAUACUUGGAUGCCUUUGGGGAAGAGGAUAAUGAAUUGUUAAGAGGAAAGCCACUUUAUCUGAAUGAAGAACGCUAUGCAACCCUCACAUAUCUGGUUGUUUCACAUGGUCUUGAUCGGAGUUCCGAGGUCCUGAGACAGACAACUGUUGAAACUGUAUUUGAUCUUUAAACCUGUUGGCUACUUUAAGCAAGACUUCCAGCAGAUAGUGAAGGAAGAGGCUCAGUGGUGCUGACAAGUCUGGCAAUUACGUAAAUAUACAAGAUAAUCUCCAAAUUGUAGAUACAAUAUGGGCAGACAGGGGAGAUUGUCUUGUAUGCUUUUUAUCGAAGUUUGUGAUCAUCCCCUUUAGUUCAGUCUGCUUUCUGACCCACAUCAAUGAAGCUUUGGUAGGUUUAUGCAACCUUAAUUUGUCCCUCAAAGUUUCUGCCACACCCCACCCUCCCCUAUGCACACACACACACACAUAUAUAUAUAUAUAUAUAUAUAUUUAUUUAUUACUAAACUUCAGCAUAUUGGAUAUGUGUAGCCCAUAGCCACAGAUACCUUUUUUUGUUAAAAUGCAAGAUUAAUGGUAUAAAAGAGAAAAAUGAAAAAACAUGCAAAAAAUUCAUUAAAAAGACGUGAAAAUAAAUUUAUUUUUUUCUCUUUUUCUCCAUUUUUUUUGCUUUUUAACAAUAGUAUCAUCAUAGUUGGACUAUGUCAUUAUUGAACAUUAUUUGUAUCAUUUUGUAUAGUUAUUUUCUAUAUCUUCUUGUUAGUUUCUCAUUUAUUUACUUUUACCUAUUUUUUUAAGAUUUUUUUCAUUUAAAAAAUUGCUGAGGUUUUUUCUGGGAUUUUCCAGAGAGAAACCAACUUUACUGGACAUCUAAACGUUACUAUAGCAAACACGUCUGGGGAAUGAAGGCACAAAUUUUUCUAGAGUAUUCUUUUAGCAGGACCUCCUAUAUGUUGAAUACAAAUAGUAAAUCAGGCACGAUCAUAAAUGUAGUAUUUUAAUUUUGAUUAUUGUAUGUAGUUAACUUUUAAGGUCCUUCCCGAGUUGGAACCAUCACAUGUUUAUGUAAACUGUAGGUUGUAUCCUGAAAUUAGCAUAUGCAAGAAUAAGAUAUAGCUUUUUAUUGGUAUCCAGAAUCCAAGGCAUUUUUCUGAAAAUGUUUUGUUUGGCGUGUAGACCUGUUUUCGAAAGAUAUCUAGGCUGCACAAGGUGCUCAAUGCCUGGAAGUUGUAAACGUUGGAACGUGAAUUGCGUGUCUCAUUGAAAAGCCGAUCCCGGAAACAAGAAAAAAGAAUUAGAUAAAGGUGCACUCUGUGUAGACUUAAGGCAACUAUUGGCAUUUAUACUGUGAGAGAGAGAGUCCAUGGUCCGAGGAUUGAGGAUUCAUUCUCAUGGUGCCCUCUUCAUGGAUACUUAAAAGACAUUUCCCAUGAGCAUGAUUUGAUGGCAUGAACUUUAUGGCCCCUUAUGUAUAUGGUUUUCUCCUCUGUUCGAACAUGGAUGUUUGAAGGGAAUUUAUAUACCUUUGUUAUCAUAAUUGUGAACUCUGAUACUGAUACUAGAAUUGUCAAACGCUUGUUAUGUCUAACGGAAUCACCAUGUGCUCUAUAAUUUAUAUAUGUAGCUGAAGACUCUUUUUUUGUUUCAGCUAGAUUUUCUAGAUUAACCCUGGUCCCUGGCAAAAUAUUUUUCUUUGAAUUGAGAUUGUCUUCUGCUGUGCCAUGAUUUGUUGUAGCAUGCACAUACAUGUAUAUGCACAUUAACUCGUGUCAAGUGUUCUAUUGUCCAGCUUGGGUUCCAUUUUUGUUUGUUGUAUCUUUUGGCUGUAUUUUUAAAUCAGUAAACUUGUAAUAUACGGGCCUUUUCUGUAAUGUGCACGUUUUUCUGGUCAUGCUCAAGUACUUCACUAUGACGAUUAAUUGCACAUCGUGGAUUUUAAAUUGAAGUCUCAACCGCUGUCUCAGUGUGUCUACAAGUAUGUUUUUUUGUCCUUUCAAUGAUUAUUUACCUUCUUUAUUCCAUGAAGUUUCGUAGGUUGCAAACUCUACGGAAUAGCCUGAUCGGUUAGGACUGUUCCAUGGCUAAUCUUUAAAAUUAUACCCUUUAUUAUUCCUCCUGUGUAUCAUCAAUUAUACGGUAGCUCUGUUUAAUACAAAAUUACAGCAAGGCCUGCCUAGUCAGCUGCUGAUUGCUUGUAUAGUGUGGCUACACCAGUGCAGAGGCUGAAGAUACGGGUGUUCUUUUCUGUGGCAGCAAUUUUUCCCGUCACAGCUUGCAUGUUAUAGUAUAUAUGUUCGUGGUAUUCCUUCAAAGAAGAGAACGUGAUGGCGGUUGCCAGGUCCUGCAAUAAAUGAAAAUUUAGAAGAGUAUGUAUCAGUAGCUUGUACAGUUAUCUGGCCAAAAUAUAUUGUAAAUUCUUGGAGUAGGGUGACUUGUGCUUUUGUUUAUGGAAGUUACGGUAAAGAACUCACAAGGUCAGCCUCAUUGAACCGGGCAUGAUGAUGGGGUGGUGGUCUAUGUAAAUUUUCUCUCUUUCUUGGCGCGUCGGUGCGCCUUGUAGAUUAUGUAGGUUUAAUGCUUCAUUUUGGUGAACGUGCAGUUCCAUUUUAUUGUUCCAUGUGAUGUUUUUUCGUCUCUA